GCAACCCGCGCCGGGGGCUCCGGCCGCCACUCUCGCCCCGAGAGCCACUAGAGGCUGAGCCGUCGAGUGGCGUCGAGUGUCGGCCGGUCGGAUGUCCGCGGAGGGCGGCGACUACUCGCCGUGUCCGGCGGAGGCGCUGCCGGAACUGAGCGCUGCCGAGCUGGCGAUGAGCCUGUCGCCCAAGUCGGCGCUGCUGCAGCAGAACCUGUCCCAGCUGCAGCUCCAGCACUCCACUCCGUUCUCCGUCACGGAUAUCCUGUCGCCCAUAGAGGAGUACCGCAAGCUGGAGUUGGCGAACAAUCCGCCGUCGCCGUACAGAUCGAACUCAUCAGGCAGCAGCAUCAACUCCCCACUGGGGCCUUCCUGUGGGAUGGCAGCGAACCCAUACGCAGUGCCCCUGUACGGGGGUGCCCCAGUCCAGGGCUACGGAUGUGCCCCCUCGGACCUGCCCCACUAUGGGGACAUGCGGGGCGCUGGAUGGUACCCCGCGUCUAACGACCCCAGGCUGAUGACGUCCACGUCCGGGGGGAUGGGUCACGUCAACAAUAUGGGAGGUCUGGCGGCUUGUGCUGGACCUGACUCCAAGCCUAUGCAGUUCCCUCUCGCGCAGAGGAGGAAGAGACGGGUGCUGUUCACUCAGGCUCAGGUGUACGAGCUGGAGAGGCGGUUCAAGCAGCAGAAGUACCUGUCAGCGCCCGAGAGGGAACACCUGGCGUCGCUCAUACACCUCACGCCCACGCAGGUCAAAAUAUGGUUUCAAAAUCAUCGCUACAAAUGUAAGAGACAGGCGAAGGAGAAAGCGAUGGCGGAACAAAACCAACACAAUCAGUCAUCAUCAUCGCCCCGACGAGUAGCAGUUCCCGUCCUGGUGAAGGACGGGAAACCCUGCGGCUCGGGGGAGUCGUCCUCCCCCGCGCACAGUCACUGCGCCACCCCUACGUCGGGGUAUUCGGCCCCGCAGCCCUCGCAGGCGGCCUGCAGCAACCCCCUGGUCUCGUCUUACCGCCAGCCCGCGGCCUACCAGCAGCAGUGCUCAGGGUACCUGCCGUUGCAGGGCCGCGCCUGGUAGAAGUUCCCACAGCUUUACCACGAGACAAUGUUCAAGGAAGAGAUGUAUUUCGAUUAACUAUUUUAAUUUGUGGUUCUUUAUUUGUAUUACGAUUUUUUAUUGGAAAUAUUUUUGUCUGUGCGCAGUUUUAUUCAAGUGUUGCAGUUUAAAAUACUCAACCCGAAAUUGGGGUAAUCUUUUGCUCAUAAUUUUUUUCGCUACUGCUACAACUAUUCUUAAUAAUUAAAUGCCUAGUUUCUUUAUCCUCUUUUAUGCCAGUUGUAUUAGCAUAUUUCGAAUAUUUACGCUUGAUCUUAAAGCUAUCUCCUCUAAGAACACUGUCUCGGGUGAAGCGUCGCUGGCCGCAGCUACCAAAACGAACAUUGAUUAGAAAAAUAGUGAAAUUUCGAAAGUGUUAAUGUGAAAUGUGGACAUAGUCGGUAUUCACCGCAAAACGGGAGGAGGGUAAUGUGUAAAUAUUUAGUGAUAGCUUUAGUUAAGCACACGUGAGGAUUUGAAUUGAUUCUUUGUGAUAUUUUUUUACUGACAUACAAAACCGAAGAAAAAUAAUUUUAUUUUUUCAGUGGAAUUGUACCUAGUUCUUUUUGAAAGUGUUUUGAUAAACAUUUCUUAUUUCUUUCUCUAGAUCUCUCUCAGAUGUAGUGUCAAAUAUUUUUCUUUACAUAUUUCUAAUGAGUGCCAAACAUCCAGUUUCAAGGUGUCUCCGUUUUAUACGUACAAGCACAAUCGUUUUGCUUAUAUGUAAUGAAUUUUACGGAGCUUUUCACCAUCACAUUUUAUUUAUAUUUGAACCGUAAGUUUUAAAUAUUUUUUAAUUUCCCACUUAUUUUUUUUAUAGAAGAACUGUUAUUUUUGUCAUAAAAGCAAUAAAUAAUUAAUUUAUAAUUUUGUAUGAUGGUGAAAAACUCCGAGUCUGUAGGUACAUUACUGUAAAUAACUGAUAAAGAAGUAGAUAAUUGUUGUGUGAAUAGGAAAUAAUUUAAAAAGAGUCAGUGUUUGCGUGUGUAGAUACUAUCUAAUGUAUAUAGUUGUGAUCGCUCGAGCUAUGACGAGCGGGUACGGGAAGCAUCCCUUGUGCAAUCUCUGUCGUUUUAACUUGGCUGAUUCUGAAAAAAAUUGUUGUAAAGUUUGGUGCACUUUUCUCAGAAAAUUAUUCACGAUCUGUUACAAAUGUAUAACAAAUAGUUAAAGAAUGAAGAUAAUGGAAAAUCAACCAGGUUAAAACCUUUCAAUUGAUCUUUCAAAUGGUUAUUACCUACUUUUAUCACAAUAAUAAUAAAACUAUUAAACAACGAAUUUAUAGUAUAAACACAUGUAUUUUCCAUUUAAUUGACAUUCAGAUUAGUUUUUUUGCUGUCUCCAGUUUUUUUUUUAUAUACAGUCAUUUUGCACUAGCAGCCAAUGAAGUGUAAUUUUUUAAAGUUUAGUGAAUGUUUUCGAUCACUCUAUACUUACUUAUAAUUUCUUAUUUUGUACUUAAAUUAAUUUUAUUUUUUUACUAACAAAAUCCUGCGAGUUGCUGCAAUGUAAAUACUAAUUAAAAUUAGUGGAGAUUUUUUAUGAAAGCGUCGGUAACAUCGGCAAGAUGGCGGCUCUUCCCGCUCAAUCCGACAAUGAAAUAAUAGCAAUAAGAAUUUAAUAAAAAUUAGAUUAAUUCGUCAGUUAUAACAAAAUGGAGUUGUAAUUAACGUUUUUCAACUUAAUUUAUAUGUUCUGAGAAUUUAGGUCGAUGUAUAAUUUGUAGGUUUAGGGGGAGUUGAUAAUUAUUAUAAUAAUUAUAAAUAAUAGUAUUAACGAAAAGGAAUUUGUAACUAUAAUGAAGGAGGAAGGUGUAAUGAAUUUCGAUUUAUAAAAUUAAUAAAAUUAAUGAGUUUUA